AUGGAUCUUGCAAAAUUUAUGGAACAGAAAGAAAAAAUUCGUAAAGCACAAGCAUUAUAUGAGCCAUGGAUGGAUAAUAAGAAAGAGGUGCAACAAAACGAUGAAAUAUCGCCAUCUCCACCAACACAAUCAGCAAAUCCAAAGCAUCGCAGUGAAUUCGUUUUUCAUAAUGAAUACGUCAAAACAGUGACGAACACACCCAAUUCUGAACAGGUUGGCGAAGAGACACUAAAUUGUUUUGCAACUUUACAGACCGUCACAUCAGUACGAUCUACGAUGCCGCUAUCGAGAAAUAGUUCCGUGUCAAUUUACCUUCCACCAUCCGAAACUCCACAUCAACCAACUCCAUUACCGAUUGAUGAGCGACGUAAAUGUUACUGUUUUGCAUGA